AUGAUUUGCGCGGCGAUACAAGCAGCUAGCGAGCCCAUGGCCAAGCCAUCGCAGUGUGGAGCCACGGCUACACCAGCGCUAACCCCAGAGGGGUGUGGUGGUUGGUUGGGGGGGGGGGGGGGGGGGUGUGGUAGGUGGGGGGGUGGGGGUGGGGGGGGGUGGGGUGGUGUUUUGGGGGGUUGGGUGGUUGGGGGGGGUGGGGGGGGUGGGGGGGGGGGGGGUUUGGGUGGGGGGGGGGGGGGGGGGGGGGGGUGGGGGGGGGGGGGGGGGGGGGGUUUGUGUGGGGGGUGGAUUGGUUUUGGAUGUCCCAUAAUGACUGGCCGAGCUCAGCCCUCUGAGUCGUCCCCCGGCGGUCCCGCGUGUCCUCCUGCUGGACUAUUAGCUGAGGCACAUGGCCUGGCCACCUGCAGUGACAUGGAGUCUGCCUGGAGUCACAUGGCCUGGCCUCUUCGCUGGGGCGCACACUGCGUGAGCCCACGGGACACUCAGCUCCACCUGCAUUACCCAAGCGAACAGCACUACGACUCUAGACGCAAGCCCCAGACGCAGACCUAG